AGCUAUCUUGGUUCAAGGGUUGCAUCUUGGUGAGAGCGUGUUUUUUCCAUGAGCAUGCAGGGCUAUCGGACCCAUGCGUCACCUGGCCGAGGUGGUUUGGGCAUUGACCCUAGGAAGACUGCUGCGUUGUUCAUUGAGUUUCAGAACGAGUUUACGACUCCUGGUGGCAAGCUGCACCCACAAGUGAAAGAAAAUAUGGACAGCACCGGCAUGCUUGCUAACGCCUCCCAGCUCGCCAAGGACCUUCGCGCCUUGGGAGUUAAAGUCUUCCACGCGCCCAUCAGUUUUGCGGAAGACGGUUCCGACAACCCGAACAGGUAUCUUGGGAUUCUGGGUGGUUGUGACAACGACAAGCUGUUCACACGUGGCACAUGGAAUGCCGAGAUUUGUAAUGCCAUGACCCCCCAGCCAGAAGACAUUCUAGUUAAAGGUAAACGCGGCUUGAGUGCUUUUCCAAACACAAAUUUGGAAGAGUCGUUGAAGGCGCACAAUAUUGAGACGAUAGCGCUUGGUGGCUUUAUGGCAAAUUGCUGCGUGGAGUCCACCAUGCGCGAAGCUUGCGAAAAAGGAUUCAAUUUGGUCACUCUCACUGAUUGUGUUGCUACGACGUCGUCCGCAGGGUACAAGGCUGCAGUCGAGAUUACGUAUCCGUUCUUUUCCACGCCAAUGAAUGCAGCAUCUUUUCUAGCAAAUGUCAAGGCUGCGGUGUGUCUCUACAAGUCGCCGUCAAACUCAUCGGCAAAAAGGCCCAGGUUGGACAAGCCGCAGCACAAGACGUUUGCCUUCGACCGUAUAGCGGACGAUGUCUUUCAGGCGGGCCCGUGGUUUGUGGACGUGCGGCAGGGCGUCCAGGGUGACAGAGUCGUAGUCCGAAGCGGAGAGCACGAGCUGCGCCGAUAUCUCACAUUCGGGGAAGCAUCUGGCAUGAUGGGCCGAGGUAUUCCGGCGAUGUGCGAUUGCAUCUACUUCAAGAAGAUGCCCGAGCCAGGAAAGUCGACCGAGCCCUUCGGCUGGAUGUGUAACAUGACAGUCGUUCGACUGCCCGCGCCCGAGGGCGGUUGCGUGCUCUACUCGCCCGUGUUGGGGCCGUGCGGCACAAUCGACGAGGUAGUUGCAGCACUGACUGAACACAGCCUGUUGCCCGUGCGUAUCAUUCUCUCACCGACGCCUCAGCACCACCUAGCCCUAUCUGCUUACCAGCAAGCCUUUCCAGAUGCAUUUUACAUAUGUGGUAAGGCUUCGGGGCAGAUGCCACCGCUCACUCGAAAGCGCCGUGAUCUCCGGUUCGAUGGUGUCAUCAGUUCGUCAUGCAGCGAUGAAGCAGUGCUGAGCGCUCCUGUCGUCGACAGAGAGGGUUCAGACCCGGCCAGCGAUACGAGGCAGGCUGACAUGUGGCAGCUUCUGCAGUCAGUGUUCCAUAUUUGCGUUCUUGAUGACAACCGCACAGGUGAGAUUACCCUGUUCCAUAAACUGUCCAAGACGCUGAUCAUCUCCGAUCUUCUGUACAAGUCCAACCCCGACAUCGUCGGACCUGGUGGGAAGUUCACUCACUACGCGACUCCAGGAUGGUUUGCCGAAGGGCAAGAAGACGAAUUCUAUGGCCACCCUCAGGAUAACUCUGGCGGCCUGCUGCCGUCUUAUCGCACACACCCUCGCAUGAGGUCCAUCGACAUUCCAGGAAUGCGGCGAUCGUUGGACAAGCUCUUGGCGUUCCAGUUUCAGCGUGUACUGGCAUGCCACACCGAUCCGAUUGAGGGCGCUGAAGCUAGAGGUCUUAUCAAGCGGGCGUGGGCAUGGGUAUGGGAUUCGGUGUAGUGCGGCAUUAUCGGCCCAGUGAUCUUGUACCUAUACGCUGCCGCGUCAGUUGCAUGCAGCAGCAGCCGCUGUUCGCGUGGACUUCUCGAGAGCACUCGAGACGAAGAGGCAGAUCGAGGGCAAGGGCCCUCGCUGCCAGCCCUUCGGCGUGCUGAAACAGUGGCGGUUGCCCUCUUCCCUUGUGGGGGUGGUGUCGCGGUGUUUGUCGUAUCGCAGCGCGUG